AGGGAAAGACAGACCGGAGAGGAACAGAUGAGAGAGAGACAAGAGAGGGACAGACAGGAGAUGGAGAGACAGACAAGAGAGUGAGAGAGAGACAACAGAGGGAGAGACAGACAUGAGAGGGACAGACAAGAGAGGGAAAGAUAGACAAUAGAGGUAGAGACAGACAGGAGAUGGAGAGACAGAAAUGAGAGGGACAGACAAGAGAGGGAAAGAUAGACAUGACAGGGAGAGACAGACGAGAGUGAGUGAGAGACAGACAGGAGAUGGAGAGACAGAAAGGAGAGGGGGACACAAGAGAGGGAAAGACAGACAGGAGAGAGCCAGAUGAGAGAGAGAGAGAGAGAGAGAGAGGCACGAGAGGACAGGCACGAUUGAGGGACAGAUUGGGACAGAUGAGAGAAAGACAAGACAGGACAGACAGAUAGGAGAGGGACACACAAGAGAGGGAAUGACAGACAUGAGAUAGCGAGAGAGGCAAGACAGACCGAAGUGAGUGAGAGAGAAAGAGAGAGAGAGGGAGAGACGCAUCGAGUCGCCAGCACCGACAACACGGGCACGAACAGGCAGAUGUAGAAACAGACAGGUGCAUCCACCAUCAUUAUUGUGGUCGGGGACGAAGCGGUUGAACACGAAGCCCCGCCCCUCCGCGAAGAUGCGCCGUGUGUGGAAGCGCUUUGUCCUGUGGAUGCUGCAGUGUGCUACGCUCCUCUAAACUUCGAGUGUUAAAUUGAAAGUGAAAAUGGACCAAACAGUGAUCAUCAAGCCUGUUCACUCCUCCCUGCUGGGCCAGGACUACUGCUUUGAGGUAACGACGUCCACAGGAAGGAAAUGUUUUUCGUGCCGCUCUGCAACAGAACGGGACAAAUGGAUGGAGAACCUGAGGCGGGCCGUCCAGCCCAACAAGGACAACAUUAGGCGCCCGGAGAACAUGCUGACCAUCUGGGUCCUGGAGGCCAAGGAACUGCCACCCAAGAAGAGGUACUUUGUGGAGGUUUGCCUGGACGACAGCCUCUAUGCACGCACCUCUUGUAAGUUGAGGACUGACAGCGUCUACUGGGGCGAGCGCUUCGACUUCACGGGCCUUCCCUCCGUUACCACGGUGACGCUACAUGUGUACAAAGACAGUGACAGGAAGAGGAAGAAGGACAAGAGCAGCUACGUGGGUCUGGUUAAUGUCCCGGUUGCCAUGGUGACUGGGAGACAGCUGCUUGACAAGUGGUACCCACUGAGCACGCCCAGUAGCAGUAGCAGAGGGAAGUCAGGCGGUCCAAUGGUGCGGGUCAAAGCUCGCUAUCAGAGCAUGGUGGUGCUGCCAAUGGAGCAGUACAAAGAGUUUGCAGAAUACGUGAGCGCCAACUACCUGCUGCUCUGCACCACUCUGGAAGGAUCAAUCGGAUCCAGAGUCAAAGAAGAGCUGGCAGCUGCGCUUAUCCACAUUCUGCACAGCACAGGCAAGGCCAAGGAUUUCCUGACCGACCUGGUGAUGUCAGAGGUCGAACGCUACCACGACAAUGAACAGCUCAUUCUCCGCGAAAACAAUCUGUCGACAAAAAGCGUGGAAGCAUAUUUGAAGCUGAUUGGACAGAAAUACCUGCAGGACGCACUGGGAGAGUUCAUUAAAGCCUUGUACGAGUCGGAUGAAAACUGUGAAGUCGACCCGUCCCGUUGCCUGACCUCUGACCUUCCGGAACAUCAGUCGAACCUCAGGAUGUGCUGUGAACUGGCGUUUUGUAAGAUCCUGGACUCCUACAGAGUGUUUCCUCGAGAGGUGAAGGAAGUGUUUGCAUCGUGGCGACAGGAGUGUGUGAACCGGGGAAGCGGCGAUGUCAGUGAGCGUCUCCUCAGCACCUCUCUGUUCCUGAACUUCCUAUGUCCCGCUGUGAUGUCACCAUCGCUUUACGAGCUGACCCAGGAGUACCCGGAUGAGCGGACAGCCAGGACACUGAGUCUCAUUGCCACAGUGAUCCGGACGCUCGCCACAUUCAGCAGAUUUGACAGACAAGACGAUCAUCUGCUCUUCAUGAACGACUUCCUGGAGCUUCAGGUGACUUGUCUGCAGCGUUUCCUUCAAGAGGUCUCAAACCCAGAGGGCCUUAAUACCAGCGCCACAUCCGGAUUUGACGGCUACAUUGAUGUCGGCAGAGAGUUCUCUAUCCUCCAUUCGCUGCUCACUGAAGUGGACCAGUCGGUUCUGGCCAAGCUUGCUCCUCUCCCUCGAAUCUUGCGGGAUGUUUCCAUGGCGCUUGCUAACCCGGGUGGCGUGAUGACAGCGCCACCACCAGACUCUCACCGCAUGGUGUCGCCGCCCCCCCUGUCUCCGCCUCUAUCACCACCUCUGGCUGCAUGUAAUCCCUCUAUUGGCCUGCAGGGGGGAGUUGGUCUGGAUGGAGGUCUCUCAGACUUCACCAGACUUCCAUCUCCAACUCUUGAGAAUAAAAAUUUAUUUUUUGUGACAAAAGGGUCGAGUUUGCAGCCGACCUCAGUGCUACGAGGGUCACCUGCUCCAAGUUCAUCAUACUCUGAACCCAACGAAAACGAAGCGGGGUACGACGCGUCCACCAAUGGCCGCCGCCCAGAGAUGACGGCUGAGAGUCGCAGUUUGUCUCUGAUGGACCUGCAGGAGAGCGACUGUCUGGACGACACUCACUGGCAGCGCCGGACAGGGCUCCUCCCGCUGUCCUUUCAGAACCCUGUCUACCACAUGACCUCCAGUUCGCCACGGCAACCGCAGCAGGCAGAUGCUACGCCGUCCGACGGCUCCGUGGGGUCACAGGGAACAGCUGAGGUCACGGUGGCGACCAAACCCACGUUCCUUACACAGAUGUCGGUGGGUGGCAGCGAGAGAUGUGACCGGUUGUCGGCCAUGUCAAGCAGCAGCAGCGGUGAAGAAUAUUCCAGAAGGAUGAAUGAGAACCAGCCAGGAAGUGCAGCACCUCCCCGUCAGAACUCUGGUCCCCAGAGACGGAUCGAUCAGCCUCCACCUCCGCCAUCGGUUCCUCCUGGCCCGCCGCGAGGGCGCACUCCUCCAACCGUGCUGGGUGGAGGUUCUGCUUACCCUCCCAGACCCAACUCGGGCAGCAUUGUGUCUUCCAGUCCUGACUGGCCGACCGGCGGGCAGUCUCGCCUCCGACAGACAUCCUCCUCCUCCAAAGGCGAAAGUCCGGAGAAGCAAAGGCCGGCUGCCAAGGCUCCCUCUCCCUGCGCUCUGGACCGGACUGCAGCCUGGUUGUUGAACAUGAACACUGCCCCCUACAGCGAGCUGGAAGACGAGCGCCAAGACGACGCCCUCACUGAGAAGUACCAGCAGGAAAUUUUGUUGCUGCAAGAGAAACUUCGAUUGUCGUCGCUGCGCCAGGAAGAAUGUGAGACUCGACUUCUGGUUCAGGAGCAACAGAACCAGCGGAUGCUUCAGGAGUACCAGGCUCGGCUGGAGGACACUGAGAGCAGGUUGAGGAGGCUACAGGACGAUAAAGAUCUUCAGAUGAACAGCAUCAUCAGCAGACUGAUGGCUGUGGAGGAAGAGUUGAAGAAAGACCACUCUGACAUGCAGACGGUGGUGGACUCCAAACAGAAAAUCAUUGAGGCUCAGGAAAUGCGGAUUGCGAGUCUGGACGCCGCCAACAGCCGCCUCAUGGUGGCACUAACGCAGCUGAAGGAACGUUAUGGCAUGACGUCACAGAGGAACGGUCUGUCCCCUAGCAGCACGUCAUCCCUGCAGAUUACAGAGAACGGCGAAUUUAGAAACUCCGGAAAUUGCUGAGCAUCCACGACCAUGUCAUCCACUGCUGAGUCAUUAUAAACUGACAAGUCAUAAGUUGCAAGCUAAACUGCUGCCAUAUAAACUGUUUAGUCAUGAUAUUUGAGAUCACUAGCAGCAUCACAAACUGAAAAUUUAUCAGAAAAUGUAUCACUAUAAUCAGCUACACUGCUAUAAAUUGCUGAGUCAUAACUGCUCACCUCCACACCUGUCCCCACCUUCAUGUCUGCAUGAUGCCAUCCGGGUCUUUUAGAAACUUUCAUUAGAUUCCAUUAUUUCCAUGACACUAGACUGUUAAGUGUGUCUUUUUUAUCUCCCACCAAACACCCAUGUAACACGAGUGGAGACGUACAUCUUGUAUUUAUGAGAUUUGGAAAUGUUUUGAGAAAUAUUUGUGAAUAUUGGAGCCAGUACAGUAAAACUAUUGAUGUGUGA